CCAUCUGCAGGAGGACCUCUUAAUAAUGAAUGCCAUGGGCAGCAGCCCCUGAAUGCAAAAUGUCGCCUUGAAACCAGAUUAUUAUUUCCCCUGAGCCCUGAAUCAAGGUGGUUUUGGUGUCACUGGAGAAGAUGGCUGACCACGAGGAGGCCGGCCUGUCCCUGCAGAAGGGGGACGACGGGUUCUCCUCCAGCGAACACGAGGAACCGGGCGCCAACUUCAAAUCUAAGAGUAUGCCGAUUCUAAAUGAGGAGGUGCCACGGAAGGAAACCACCUCGAUGGCUGGUUCUGUGCGGAUGUCCAUCACGGCGGAGGAGAGCUCGGAGUUCAUCCAGCUGCCGACCAGGAGCGAGUCGCCGACCAGAACCGAGAACCCGCCCAAGUCCGGCAAGUCGGCGCUGAACAGGCCGAGCUCGUACAUGGAGAACACCGAGGUCAGGAGGAGCAAGACCACGGCGAGGAGGAAGGCCCCGGGGUUCUUCGCUUCCCGGCUAGCCUCGGUUCGCCUUCGUGGUCGGAAGUACCUGAGCGUGAUCCUGCAGGACUCGCGCUGCUUCCUGUUCUGCAUGUGCUACCUGACCUUCAUCCAGUCGCUCAUGGUGUCGGGCUACCUCAGCAGCGUCAUCACCACCAUCGAGAAGAGGUACAGCCUGAGGAGCUCCGAGUCGGGCCUGCUCGUCAGCUGCUUCGACAUCGGGAGCCUCCUGGUGGUCGUCUUCAUCAGCUACUUUGGUGGGCGGGGCCAGAGGCCUCGCUGGCUGGCGGUCGGCGGUAUCUUCAUAGCCGUGGGCGCGGCGCUCUUCUCCUUGCCUCACUUCAUCUCCCCGGCCUACCAGGUCAAGGAGGUCAACUCGUCGGCCGCCAACGAGGGCCUGUGCAUGAACAGCAACGCCAGCGGCCGGGACCGCGUCGACAUCACUUCCUGUCCCCGAGACCAGGAGGGAAACGAGCACAACCUGUACGUGGCGCUGUUCGUCAUCGCCCAGAUCCUGGUGGGCAUGGGGUCCACGCCCAUCUACACGCUGGGACCCACCUACCUGGACGACAACGUGAAGAAGGAGAACGCCUCCUUGUAUCUGGCCAUCAUGUAUGUGAUGGGAGCGUUGGGCCCAGCAGCAGGUUACCUGCUGGGAGGAGUCCUCAUCGGCUUCUAUGUUGACCCAGAGACUUCUGUCACCAUCGACCAGAGCGACCCGCGCUUCAUCGGCAACUGGUGGAGCGGCUUCCUGCUGUGUGCCGUGGCCAUGCUGCUGGUCAUCUUCCCCAUGUUCACCUUCCCCAAGAAGCUGCCGCCCCGACACAAGAAGAAGAAGAGGAGGAAAAAGGUGAGCAUGGACGACUUGUCCAGCGACGACGACGUUCUCAAGGAGAAGAAGAGCCAGGCGGUCACCUCGUCCAUGGGCUUCGGCAAGGACAUCAAAGAUCUGCCCAAAGCAGCGGUGAGGAUCCUCAGCAACGUGACCUUCCUGUUCGUCAGCCUGUCCUACACGGCAGAGAGCGCCAUCGUCACGGCGUUCAUCACCUUCAUCCCCAAAUUCAUCGAGUCUCAGUUCGGCAUCCCGGCCUCCAGCGCCAGCAUCUACACCGGGUUGAUCAUCGUGCCGAGCGCCGGCGUCGGCAUCGUCCUGGGCGGCUACAUCAUCAAGAAGCUGAAGCUCGGAGCUCGCGAGUCGGCCAAGCUCGCCAUGAUCUGCAGCGGCGUGUCGCUGCUCUGCUUCUCCACGCUGUUCAUCGUGGGCUGCGACAGCAUCAACCUCGGAGGAAUCAACAUCCCCUACACCACCGGCCCGACUCUCACCAUGACCCAGAGGAACCUGACCGGGGGGUGUAACGUGAACUGCGGCUGUAAGAUCCACGAGUACGCUCCGGUGUGCGGCUCUGACGGCAUCACGUACUUCAACCCGUGCCUGGCCGGCUGCAGCAGCGUGGCUAACGACAGCUCCGGGGUUCGUAACUACUCGGACUGCGCCUGCGUGCAGAGCCGACAGGUCAUCACGCCGUCCUCCGGCGGUCAGGGAAGCCACCAGCUGCAGCUCGUCAUCGUGAAGACCUACCUGAACGAGAACGGGCACGCCGUGUCGGGGAAGUGCGACCGCACCUGCAGCACCCUCAUCCCCUUCCUCAUCUUCCUCUUCAUCGUCACGCUCAUCACCGCCUGCGCCCAGCCCUCCGCCAUCAUCGUCACCCUCAGGUCUGUGGCGGUGGAGGAGCGGCCCUUCGCUCUGGGGAUGCAGUUCGUUCUCCUCAGGACUCUCGCCUACAUCCCGACGCCCAUCUACUUCGGCGCCGUCAUCGACACCACCUGCAUGCUGUGGCAGCAGGACUGCGGCGUGCACGGCUCGUGUCAGGAGUACGACGUCACCUCGCUGCGCUUCGUCUACUUCGGCCUCGCCGCCAGCCUCAAGUUCUUCGGCUUCUUCUUCAUCUUCCUCACCUGGUACUCCAUCAAGUACAAGGAGGAGCGGGUGGAGCGCUGGGUGAAGCGCCACCUGUCGCCCACCGACACCGUGGGCAGCCUGGUGUGCCACCCGGGGGGGCACAAGGGCCACGCCCGCACGCGCUCCUGCCCGGUCAACAUCCCGCGCAGCGACCCCGGCGCGCUGCCGGCUCACGCUCCGCCACGCGCCGGCGCCCUCAACCGGGGGGUCAGCACUCAGAGUUGCCCUGGCAACGAGCUGAAAGCAGUAACCCCUCCCCCGCCUGCUGCACCAUCAACACCAUCAGCAACACCCACGCCAACGCCGGCCCGGUCCCUGGAACACGUGUCAGCCCGAGUCUGA